AUGGAAUAUGAAGGACAGUCCAAUGCAAAAAUUGUCUUCAAAGGGGUUACAACAAGAGGUGGUGUUAGAGGUAGUAGAGGUGGUGCAAUGGGUAGUAAAGGUGGUACAAGGGGUAAGAGAGGUGGUGCAGUGGGUAACAAAGGUGGUGCGGUGGGUAACAAAGGUGGUAAAGGUAGUAAGAGAGGUGGUACGAAUAGUGGUAAGACAUCUGGUGGAGUUCAGGAUGGUGGAAUGGCUCAAGUUGAAAGUGGUGGAGUGGUUGAGGAAGAGGAGGAUCCACCUCAGACUGAGACACAAGAUGGGGCUGAAGAAAUUAUCCAUGAGACACAACCAAAAAGUGAAAAAGAAGAAGAAGAAGGCAUUAAUGACACCCAAGAAUUACCGGUACACCUUAGGAUUAUGAAAAGAAGAAGGCCCUCUGAGAGGAUUGUCAAAACCAAGUUGAAUAAGAUGGGAUGUGUUGGGACUUCUACAAAUUCAACAUUGGAGUUAGAUUAG